AUGCUAAUAUGGCCAGCAAUAUUCACAUUACUUUUAAAAUGCACAACAGCCAAAAUACUAUUCGAAAUCUUGACGCAACCCGACGAAUACGAGUUGGCGAAUAGAUUGAAAGAAAGUCUGGAAAGAGAUGAGCAAAACCGCGUCGAAUUCUCGCACGAAACCGGGAAAUGGGGGCACUGGACGUUGUUUCAGAGUAUUUCGAGGCUUUCAAAAAGCGUCUCCGAGCAUUCAGCCAAUUGGCUGGUCAUUGUGGAGCCAUAUUCGCUUGUGGACCAACAAAAAUUAUGCGAAUUUUUGGGAAACGAAGAUUCGACGAAAGCUAUGAUUUUUGGAUACGCUUUAAGAGAUGAAGGACCGACCAUCAUCCAUCAUUACCAUCAUACACCGACAGGGCCCCAGCUACCGUAUCCCGAUUUUGGAGCCGGUCUCGCGAUUUCGGCGGCACUCUUGAAGAGGCUAGCCGACGAGCUUCAGCAAAAUCCGUACGCCGACAACUUUGCCAUAGAUGCGAAACACGAGUUUGCAAAAUAUCUCAAGGAGCGGCUCGGGAUUGAAAUGGAGCAUAGACCCCAUGAUUUCUGUCUAUUUCCGACUGACGGCUGUGCGGUUUCGUUUAACGCGCCAAAAUACAGCCAAGAGAAAGCGCUGGACGCCAAGGACAUCUACGCGGCGGUGAAGACGUAUUCAGAAUAUCAUAGGACUCGAGUCGUGGCAGUCAAACGUACUUGGGGAAUUCGCCUACCCUUCAUCGACUACUUUAGCGAUGCUGAAGACGCUUUCGUACCCACGAAAACUUUAGGAAUCCCGAAUACUAAACGAGGCCACUGUGCCAAGACGCUGGCCAUCCUUCGGUACUAUGCGAAAAACGUUGAGUCGUACCCGAAUAACAAGUGGUUGCUGAUCGCCGACGACGAUACGCUCCUCAGUACUCCGCGGCUGUUGAGGCUUUUAGGGGAGAGGGACCAUAUGAAGAAGAUGAUUAUCGGCGAACGCUACGGCUUCAGCUAUUCGGCGGACGGAAGCGGUGGUUAUGAUUAUCCGACUGGAGGCUCUGGUAUGAUCUUCUCAAAACCAGCGGCUUUGCAACUGGCCGGAAACUGCGAAUGCCCGAGUGAUGAUUCGCCGGAUGAUAUGAUUAUUGGGGUUUGUGCCCGUUCCUUCAACAUUCCGAUUAUCCACUCCUCGUCCUUUCACCAGGCCCGAUCGACCGAUUAUGCGAAGGACUACAUUGCCCGACAGCCGCCAAUCUCCUUCCACAAAUUCGAGGACCUCAGCCCGUACGAUGAAUAUACAAAGUAUCUGCAUGAAGAAACCGGCCCGACCUCGACGGUACACUCCGAGUUG